AUGAGGUUGGGUCCAAUUAGGGGCGAGCAAGUUGCCGUCUUCCGUGACGACGCAACAGGUGACAACACUAGGGAAAGCCGUCCGCCAUCGUUCAUCCGGAAUGCUACAGUUUUCCCCGUAUCCGAUGGAGAUUUCUCCAGUGAUUGGAACUGCAGCGGCAGGAAUCAAGAUAACAGCGAUGAAAGGGCGAUCCAAACUUCGACCACGACGAGAAACCGGGAUGCAAGCCCCGACUCCGAAGGGUUCCUCAAAGCCAUGGACGAGGGCCUGCAGCUCGGACCUCCACACAUAUCGACUUCGUCGUCGGGGCACAAGCAGCCAACACAUGCUCGUAGCACCUCGUCUGAGUAUCCCUCACCUGGACAUACGUCUCCUCGCGUACAGUCACCCGCAUCCACCGUUUGCAUCCAUAGGCUCAGCUUCUCAGACCUCGCUCGCUUUGGUCGCACAAAUGACCGCCUGUCCUAUCUUCGGUCCAGUACACCUACCUCUUCCACCCAAGAUGCCAACGCAGAGGUCAGCCGCCACGAUGUCCUCGACGAGGCAUCCGCCGCCAUCUCUGAAUGGCGCGGGGAGCCAUGGUCAAACAAGGAGGCUCCGUACAAUCACUAUGAGCUCGCAGAGAGUUCUGAGGUGCUCCCGGGCGAUUCCUUAUCACAGCGAGCCAGCCCUAACCGCUCCGAGUCAGAGAAUGCUUCGCCCAGUGUCAAAUACCAGGAUGCCCUCCGAGAUGUUUGCCAAGCACCCAAAGGAUCUGAGCGAGGACAAGACCGUCAGACAAAGCGGAAAGCAUCCCAAUUCUCCCUUCGCAGCCUUAGCAGGUCGUUCACAAAGCGGCCACGACUGACCGGUCUGCGAAGGUUCGCCAACACGGUCUACCGUGGAGGGUCCCGGCGCCUCAGUCGCGCAUAUCACAAAUGGAAGCAACAGAACAAGCUGGAGCGGGAGCAGUUCGAGGCGUGGCGAGCAAAACGCCGCCGAGAGCAUCCCGCCGAUCCGCUCAAGGGCAAGGGCGAGAAAGGUUUUGGGGUAUUUUCAUUUGAGAAGAGCCGUUAUGGAGACGAGGAAUGGUGGAAAGAGGGCGUGGCCAAGCACCAGGCGCCGCCCUGGAUGCUGUUUCAAAAGUAA